UGUCGUUUAACAAUUUUAUGAGUUAGGUAAAGGUUGCCGUCCCUGGGUGGUGCCCUAAUGUUUUUUUGUUGGUUUUUUUUUUUUUGUUGUUGUUGUUUUUUUUUGAUAGAUACAGUAUAUAUAAAACCAGGUGUCACUACAUUAACAGAUUGUAAAAGGAGUCAUGAUUUGCACAGGAAUUAUACUUACAAAAAUAUAUCAUUAUGUUUUACAAUUUAGUUCAUUGAUUUAAAAUCUUAUCUAUCAUCAGGAUUGUCUGCACAUAAUGCUAUAUAAUUACUGUAGGCCGGCGGCUGCCCAAACUCAAUUAGCAAUUUGUACACUUUGCGAUUUUCACAGACACCGGCCCGGCAUCUUUAAAUGGCAAAACAAAAAAAAAAUUACAGAUUAAUGUAUCAUGGAUCAAGAUUUGUUUGAAAAAGGACAGUACCAGUCAGUUCUUGAUGAAUUACAAAAGAGACCACAAUAUGGACCCAGUCCGUCCAGUUUGGCAGAGCAGUUGUCAGUCUCUAACAACAUGGCAGUCUGCAAGUAUUUAAUGGUACAGGAGCAGCAUGAAGAGACAAGGAAGACCUACUGCAAAGAAUUUGUUGAUAUCCUGAAAAGAUGCUCUAGUGUUCCUGCUAGAGAAGAUGUAUUGCUUGUAGAGUUGAGUGCCUUGUACAACUACAUAUACUGUUAUACUGAGGCUUACUGUAACACAGAGACGUGGACACAGGAAGCAGGCAUUUACUGUCAAGUUUAUAAAACUUUUACAAGAGUUUGUAGACUGAUGUCCCUGCAGAAAAGAAAGGGAGACAUACUACAAUACAGAGAUACAAAAACAGCUUGUUUUGCCUUGUUUGAUGAUGUUUUAGAGAAACUGCAGUUUGGAAUUGGAAAGGAGUCGCUGUUUAUUCAUGUGUGCCAGUGCAUUGUGAUCCUGUCUGUAAGAGGAAUAAUGAAUGAAGAUGGCAGCAUGACUUACAAGCUUUUGGACAGAGUAAAGAACGUUCCUAGAGGUAUAUAUGACACAGAUGCUCACAGACAACAAACCUUCUGCCUUCCGAUGAAAAUGGAGCAUUCCCAACUAACACUUGUACACAGGGAUCACAUUAUGGAUGUCACAUCUUUCUUGAUGGGGAUAUGUUUGUGUAGAACUCAGUCUUGGGAAGAAGCUUUCACGACUUUGGAAGGCAUCAACACAAGCCAGAUUAAAGAUGUUGCACAAUUCCUGUCUGGAUUUUGCUUGUUGAAAAGUGGUAGAUGCACAGAGAGUAUAUGUUGUCUGAUGGAGGUGCUGAGGUCUGGAGAAUCACUCACACAAAGACUGAAAGCAAGGAUCUACAACCUCAUAGGAAAAUGUUUUGAUAAACUUGAGAAGUGUCAGUUAUCUAUACAGAUGUUCAAGGAGGCCCUGUGUGCAGAUUUCAGUUACCUGGUUCCCUUGUUCAACACAUCUUUACAGUACAGGAACCAGGAAGACGAGGAUAUGGAACUGGAGUGCUUGAAUUUAUUAGUCACUGCUCUUGAAAUGAGAGAAGUACAGAUGGUUCAUUACGAAGGUAUUGACCUUAUUUGUUUGCUAAGCACAGAGGAUGAAGACAUAUCUUACGUGAAAGCCCUGUAUUCACUUUCUAAUAGAUCACUACAGUUGAACAGGUAUGAUGUAGCAGCUGAGAAAUAUGUUUCUCUUCUUGACUAUCUCAAAUCCUGGAAGGCUGAUAAAAGGGGUACUCUGUCUAUCCCACCAUUGCUACAAGUUCAUCAUGAAGCCAUAGAAGCUCUUCUCAAGUCAAGAAAGUAUGAGGAAUGUAUAACUCUCUGUGAUCAUGUACUUUUGUGUUAUCACAACAAUAUAUCAUCUUUAAACGAGUCUUCAUUGCUCUCACAAACACUGGACCAAAGUCUAUUAUCACAAAGUCAAGGACAUCCAAGCAACAGCCAGACUGUGACAGGAAAACGAAAACUGAAUGAACUGAGUCAGAGUCAGUCGGACGAAGAACAUUUUGGUGACAUGGAUGUGAUUGCAUUGAAGUACAAAGCAGCAGCACUUGUCAAAAUGGGAGAUAACUCUGGAAGCCUGGUAUGCCUUCAACGGGCCAUUGACAGUAUUACAGGUUAUCGUAAAUUUCGACUACAGCAGAAAAUGAAAGAUUUAACAAACAGUCAUGAACCAGAUAGAAAGAGACAAAAAAUGGACCCAAGUUUAAGCGCUACUUUAGAAAAUAGUUCACAUAUAGAGUCACAUGACAGAACAGCAGGUACUUCUGAAAGUAGUUCCAAAGACGUUACACAUUCUAGUCAAAACAUUUGUGAUAAAGCUAGUGUAAUAAGCGAGUUAUUUCUUGACUCAAACAAGAUGCUGGAGUUAGAACACGAGUUGUACAAAAUGACAGCUGAAAUACUAGAGUCUUUGGAGAAGAAGAAAGAUGCUUUGCAUUACAGCAGGUUAGCAUCACAGAUUGAAAACAUCAAAGAGAAACUGUGAAAGAUGCAGAAUGUUUGAAUAAAUUUAUCCCUCAGAGUGAAGUUAAGAGGGUACAUAGGAGUCAUAUUAUGGUUGUGGAGUUGGUCAUUUCGUCAUGUGGACAAUCAGUCCCCUGCAAAAAAGGUUGUGGAGAAAAGGAUUUUAAUGAAAUGUCAUACAUAAAUCCAACUUUAAGUGUACAGGGCUUUAGCUAAGUGGUGACUAUAGCGAAGUAGUCGCUUAGUAGCUCCCAGCUUCGCUUUAAUCUAACAUCAAAGCGGAAUUCAAGUUGCCUGAUUUUUUAUUCACACUCCUGCAAUUAUCUGGUAUUGGCCUGUUGACACUUGACUCGAAUACACAGUGGCAAAAUUUAAGCUCCGCCUACUUCAGAUACCAAGAAGUGCGAAGACCAUUAUGGUCUUUGACACUUGUUUUUGUAAACUGAUUGUUGAUAACAAAGCAGUGGGAAUUUGUAUUACACUAUUUUAUACAUUCUCCUUUGACCUUUAAAUAGUAUCUUAGUUACCUUAAAUAAUGUUCUUAAAUCUACGUAAUUUUACUCGUAUUUUUCAAAACCCAGACUUUAGAAACAUAACAUUAUAACUAACACUUUCUGUAACUAAAAUAACUUGAAAUUUAUACAGAUUUUUGACACCUGCCUUCUGAAACUGUAUUAAACCUGUUUGACAACUUUUUCUUUUAAUGUCUGCCGACACUAGCAGAUCAGACUGUAUUUUGUGUGAUGUCAUAGUGAUGUGACGGCUGUUGACAUGUAUGUAAUUCAAGACCAGCAUAAUACAGAGGGACUGUGAAAUGCUUUUAUGGGUUUUCAUGUUUUUAGUGCAUUAGGACUGGGAGUCUAGAAGCUUGAUUUAUUUUUUGCUGAUAUGGAGUUAUCUUUUUUUAAUAAUAUUUAUAUUUAAAGGGUUUUUUUGGUUUGGACAGUCUUUAGGCAAGAGUGAAAAAACCCUUAAUUUGCAGUUUAAUCACAUUAGAUUCACAAGAAUAAAAAAUUAGAUUUACAAGGAUAAGAAAACAGAAUCACUGAUAUUUUUGGUGAAUUUGUUAUUUACUUUAAAUUGAUAGACUUAAACAAAGACAGGAAAUAAUAGAAAUAGUUAUAAAAAUAUUUGGUUCCUUUUUUGACUUGCAUGUCAUGGCGCGAAAAUCUUUCCACGUUUCCCUAAAAUCUUCCCAUUUCACCCUAAUCUUAGCAGAGGGAGAAGUGACUUCUCCCUAAAAUCUUAUCGUAGCUUAAGCCCUGAAGUGUAUAAAGUGCUUGGCAUAGUUUUCUGGGAUGGACCAAGAAAGGAGGCCCAAAGCCCUAUCCCCAUUCUGCAAAAUGGUUAAGGAACAAACUAACAUCUUUAAACGGAUAAAAAUGAAACUUCAUACACAUGGUCACCAUGAUGUGUAGAUAUGCAUGUCCUCUUUCUUUCCGGGAUGGACAAAGGCAAGGCCUCCAUCCCCCUCAGGUUUGUGAAGUGAACUACUUCAACAAUUAGAAUAGGAUUCUGAUGGAAUUUAAUACAUGUAAUCCCUGAGGUGUGUAGAUGUGCAUGACUUCCUUUUUUCUGGGAUUGAUGAAUAUGAGGGGUGCCUCUACCACUAUCCUCACAAAACUGCCUCUGUAGCCUAGUUGUAGAGUGCUGGCUUUGAGUGAGGGAAGUUAUGGGUUUGCUCCCUGAUCACAUCAUAAUGGUACUAGUAUCUUCCUUGCUUUGCACUCGGCAUUAAGAGGAUAGUACUAAGACUGGUAAGCCUGGUGUCAGUGUAAUGUGACCUGGUGGCAUAUCAUAUCACAUGUCUACGAUGUGAUAUUUAAGUGAGGCAGCACUAUUAUGUUGGGCAUUACUUCUUAUAGAGCAGUAUUAGGGGGUAUUAAUAGCACUAUAGUUAAUGAGUUAUUGCUGUAGUUAUUAUUGUUACAUAUCAGUGUAUUUUACAUUUGUUAAGACACUGUUGUCUGUUGCUUUCAGUAAUUUUUUAAUGUCAUUUUAUGAUAAGACUGAACAGCAUUUAGUGCUAAAAAAUUUCUGCACAGAGGGCAGUAUUGCUUCCCAGACUUUACCAAGAACCCUCAGAAAAAACUAUACUCUAGUUGGUGUGAUAAACUUGACACUAAAUAGCAGGUUUUUGGCAAUAUUUUACACAUCUGUAUAAAUAUGUCUAAUACCAUGUUCACACUAGCAGAUCGGUUUUAUUUUUAUCAGGCACUAAUUGGCUAUAAUUGGUAUUUGACAUUCAAAACCCAUCAAAAUAUAAUCUAGUCCACACUAGGCAAAGAAAUGUAGUUUAAAUAUAUACAUGCAAUGUUGGAAGUUAACAAAUAUCUUGCAAUAAGCAAAAAAAGGUAACAAAGAAUUGAGGCUAACAGAAACAAGAAGGGGUCAUCAAUGUUUAAACUUCUGUGUUCAUCUAAAAAUUUCUGUUCAUUAGGGCUGUGGAUCGUCAGACAAGUGGCGAUCCGAUCCGAUCCGCGAGUUGGGACUGACGAUUCACAGAUCGAACCACGGAUCAAAAGCAACAACUUAUAAGGAUACAAAAAUGCAACCCUGUUAUUUUUGUACUGUUUUCUUUAUGGAAUCUAAGUUUUGCAGUUCUCAUAGUGCUCAGUUUAAUAGUUUUGACCUAUGUUUAAUGUUUUGCUCAUUAAUUAAAGUCAGGUUUCGCAGGUGGACUUCUGUAUGUUCGGCCAUUCUUGCAGAUGAACGAUAUGACGUCGGUCAUUAAUUAUCACAAUAUUUAGUAACAGUUCCGCAUUUUUUGAUAAGAAAAUUUUAUUUGUUGGACAGAAAUUUUUAAUCUUAACUUUUUAGCUCACCUGAGCACAAAGUGCUCAAAGGUGAGCUUUAGUGAUCGCCCUGUGUCCGUCGUCCGUCCGUCCGUCCGUCGUCAACAAUUUGACUGUUAACAGUCUAGAGGUCACAUUUUUGGCCCAAUCUUAAUGAAACUUGGUCAGAAUGUUACCCUCAAUAAAAUCUUGGACGAGUUCGAUAUUGGGUCAUCUGGGAUCAAAAACUAGGUCAUCAGGUCAAAUCAAAGGAAAAGCUUGUUAACACUCUAGAGGUCACAUUUUUGGCCCAAUCUUAAUGAAACUUGGUCAGAAUGUUACCCUCAAUAAAAUCUUGGACGAGUUCGAUAUUGGGUCAUCUGGGAUCAAAAACUAGGUCAUCAGGUCAAAUCAAAGGAAAAGCUUGUUAACACUCUAGAGGUCACAUUUUUGGCCCGAUCUUAAUGAAACUUGGUCAGAAUGUUACCCUCAAUAAAAUCUUGGACGAGUUCGAUAUUGGGUCAUCUGGGGUCAAAAACUAGGUAACCAGGUCAAAUCAAAGGAAAAGCUUGUUAACACUCUAGAGGUCACAAUUUUGGCCCAAUCUUAAUGAAACUUGACCAGAAUGUUAAUCUUGAUGAUCUUAAGGUCCAGUUUGAAUCUAGAUCAUGUAGGAUCAAAAACUAGGUCAUCAGGUCAAAUCAAAGGAAAAGCUAGUUUACACUGUAGAGGCCACAUUUAUGACCAUAUCAUAAUGAAACUUGGUCAGAAUGUUAAUCUUGAUGAUCUUAAGGUCAAGUUUAAAUCUGGGUCAGGUGGGGUCAAAAACUAGGUCACUAGGUCAGAUCAAAGGAAAAGGUUGUUAACACUGUAGAGGCCAUAUUUAUGACUGUAUCUUCAUGAAACUUAGUCAGAAUGUUAAACUUGAUGAUCUUUAGGGCAAGUUUGAAUCUGGGUCAUGUCGGGUCAAAAACUAGGUCACCAGGUCAAAUCAAAGGAAAAGCUAGUUAACACUUUAGAGGCCACAUUUAUGAUCAUAUCUUAAUGAAACUUUGUCAGAAUGUUAAUCUUGAUGAUCUUUAGGUCAAGUUUAAAUCUGGGUCAGUUGGGGUCAAAAACUAGGUCACUAGGUCAUAUCAAAGGAAAACCUUGUUAACACUCUAGAGGCCACAUUUAUGACUGUAUAUUCAUGAAACUUAGUCAGAAUGUUAAACUUGAUGAUCUUUAGGUCAAGUUCGAAUCUGGGUCAUAUCGGGUCAAAAACUAGGUCACGGGGUCAAAUCAAAGGAAUGGCUAGUUAACACUUUAGAGGCCACAUUUAUUACCAUAUCUUAAUGAAACUUGGUCAGAAUGUUAAUCUUAAUGGUCAGGUGAGCGAUACAGGGCCUUCAUGGCCCUCUUGUUAUUGAAUUUAGUUACUUAAAUGAUAAAUGUUUAUUCACUGUUUUGAUAGAUAAUUUUAGUUCGAAAAUAAGACCAAUGUUAUCUCUACCUAAUACAUUUGUUUACAUCCGGUUUAGAAUCUGACAAUGCGCAAUCGUCUUAGAUGUGCAAGAAACUUCAUUAAAGACGUUUAAUUUGGCUUUAAUUUAGUUUUCUUGAUAGAAUUUUACAAAUUGCAUGUAUCAAUGAAAAAGAUCGCGAUCCAACGAUCUUGACAACGACGAAUAUCCGUACUCGAACUUUUGGUCAAACUCGUGGAUAUCCGAGUACUCGGAUACUCGUUACAGCCCUACUGUUCACUCCAUCUAUUGUCCAUUUUGAGCGUCAGCAUGACUCCAUAUCGCAAUUUAAUGUUUUUGUUUCAUCAACAAUCCAAUUACUUUUGCAAUCCACAGCAUCAGUUGUUUGAUACAAAAGAGAAACACAUGGUAAUCUUCCUCCAGAAGGUAAGAUCUGUGGAUUUGGGAUUGUAAAACCAGUUAUAACCCACAUUUGCAUUCACAUUUGUAAAAUAAUGCAGUGUUACUUUUUAAUGUAGUAUUAAAACCACCUCCCGAGGUAGUUUUAAUGCUACAUUACAGAAACCACUUGACCUUUACAAAAUUCACGUUUUACACCACAUAUAGUGUGGAUGCAAAGGAGUUUAAAAAAUAAACCCAAGUUAAUGUAGGAUUAAAAACGUAGUCUGAACACGGUAUUAGUUGGCAUGUCAAAAACGUUCUCAGUGUGUUGUUUUCCCAGUGACACCACUAAAGUUAUAUUUAGAAAUGAGACAUAUUCUAUUAAGGGGCCCGGAAAAUAGAUACCUGAUAGUAGGUAAAUUUGGCAGCUGUUUUUUUGUUGUUUUUUCUUUUUUGGCUCUCCUUGUGCUGUAUAAAUUUUGCAUAUAAUAAAUCUGUGACAAACAUGUGUUGCACAUAAUAAAUCUAGGCUUUAUAGAUGUUGAUUAUAAUAAAUCUAGGCCUUGUAGGUGUUGCAAAAAAUUCAUUUAAUAAUUUUUUUCCUUAGAGGCAGCUACCGAAAGGAAUCAAAUUGGACUUUUUUAACAAAGUUUAGCUCAUUCAAACCAUGUACAAAAUGGGCAUCCUAACUAGAAAAUUACCAUGCAUGGAUAUGUUUCAUACAACAGAUGAUAUAAUGAUGUAUUAUCUCUAUCUGUUAGAUUACCUGAUUAUAUUUAUACAACAAUUUCAGUCAAUAACAGCUCUAUUUAUAUAUAUGUAGGUGUUUUAGGCUUUAUAUGUGUUGUGUUUUAUCAAAAAGUGCUUUUUAAAUAUUAUACAUGAUAAACUAAACCCUUAAUGGUUUUAUUUAAAACAUAUCUGUGCUUACUGGCAUUGAACAUUUAUGUAAUAAACCAGUUCUUAAUGCAUUCACUGUACAUGUAAUGUAGGAUAAAAGAGUGUUUUAUAGCUGUUAUAUUUAAUAAUUAACUGCUUUUAUAUGUACAAGUUACUGUUAAUCUGUGCUUUCUAGGUAUGCAGAAUAAUCCAAAAUUAGGUGUUUGAAUGCUAUACAGGUGAUUGUAACUGUUACAGUUAAAUGCUCUGAUGGGAUUGCACCUGACAGGCUGAUGCCUAAUGACCUACCAAGUGUUAUCUAUGAUAAACCAGUGCCUUGUAGGUGUAGGUAAUUGUAAGUAAAUGCUUUAUAAGCAUUAUGCAUGAUAAAUCAGUGCUUAAAAGAUGCUGUUCAUGAUAAGCCAGUGCCUGAUAGGUGCUAUGCAUGAUAAGCCAGUGUCUCACAGGUAUUAUGCAUGGUAAACCUGUGUCAGAUAGGUGUUGCGCAUGAUUAGCCAAUGUUUAAUAGGUGCUCUGCAUGAUUAGCCAGUGUCCAAUAGGUGCUAUGCAUAAUGAUUAUUGCCUAAGAGAUGCUAUUCAUGAUUACCUAAAUAUGUAAUUGGUGCUAUCUGUGAUAAACCAGUACUUUUUAAGUAAUGAUAAUUGAGGUUGCUUUAUGAUGAAUCAGAGCUAUAUUUGUGCAAUUGCAUAUGAAUGUAUUGCCAUAAAAAUAAACUUAAGUGAACACAUAAUUUUUAUCAAUUGUCGUUCCAUAUUUUGUUGGGUUGAAGUUCUGUCAUGGUGAUAAAAUGUCUUGUCAAUGUUUUUGUAAUAAACCUAUCAAAAAAUACCAGACUACCUAUGAAAAAUUAAACGCGUAAUUGUUAAUUUACACUUUUAGGAUAAUACUGUAAAAUCAUUUAAUUUCGUGGGCAUGAAAUCUCGUGGUUUUGGUCAACACGGCAAUUUCUUGGGGAUAUGAAUUCGUGGAUUUCAACUUUUGAACAUAAAUUGAAUGGGAAUUUUACUUGUUCGUUGGGAUUAAAUUUUGUGGAUUGACUUAACCACGAAAUCCACGAAAAUUAGUCCCCCACGAAUAUUAAUGAUUUCACAGUAACCCUAAACAAAUGUGUACAUGUACUCGCUGUUGUGAAGAACAAGUGCUGCUUAUAUGUUCUGUAAAAAAACAGUGAUUAGGAAGUGUUCUGUUUGAUUAACCAGUGAUCUGAUGUUUUCAUAACAAAACCAGUGCUUUAUAGAUCCUUAGGCAGUACUAAUUUUAAAGCCCUUUCUUAAUUUUAACUUGCCAACAACAGACUGCUGGCAAGUGAAAGAGUGUAUAUUUUGUUUUAAAAACUGCUUUAUAAAAUAAAUGUGCUUUCA